AGCCAGGAAGUACUGGAGAACAGUCAGUGAGUGCAGAGAGCCUCCAGACAAUAGGACUUGGAUAUAUUCACACACACACACACACACACACCGUGAUCAGCCCUGCUACCGUCUCCACAUCAGCUGCUGCUGCUGCUCCUUCCCUCGCUGGUUGUCGUUGGUUACGUCUGCAACUGAUGGUCUGACAGCAUGUUGCUGGUGUCUAUGCUGCUGGUGAUGCUGGAUUGCCUCCUGGGAGCUCCUCCGGGGAGAGAGGUCUACAGGAUGCCUCAGAGCGCCCUCAAAGCUCUGUCGGACCGGGGCACUGUGGUCCUGGAGGCGGCUCUGAGCAGCGCCCUGUCAGCUCUGGAGCUGGCCUCCUCGGAGAGGAGUCGUGCCGAGGCCGGCUGCAGGGACUGUGUGCCCUGUCUGUUUCAGGACUGCGGACAGCGCUCCGGCUCCUGCACAUCACCACACAAUGCUCUGUCCGAGCCCAGCUGUGACAUCAUCACCAAGGCCCAGAAGGUUCCGGAAGAGGGUGAGCGGAGCUGGCUGCUGAGCCAGGCCUGCGGGUUCUACCGUCGGCGCUGUCCGCAGAGCGACCAGGACAGGGAGGGGUGCGUGAGGAUCAUGGGCGAGAGCUGCAGUGCCCGUGUGCUCCAGUGCAGCCUUCUGAACACCAUGCAGAACCUGGAGCCUGCCACGCAGACACGCACACAAGCAGUGUGCGGUCAGAGGGUUUCGGGGGUGCAGAACGUGACCCAGCCUCGCUCCAGGAUCGUGGGGGGGUCCCCGGCACCCCCUGGCAGCUGGCCCUGGCUGGUCAACCUGCAGCUGGACGGAGGUCUGAUGUGCGGGGGGGUGCUGGUGGACAGCUCCUGGGUGGUGACCGCGGCUCACUGCUUUGCUGGCAGCCGCAGUGAAAGCUACUGGACAGCUGUGGUGGGAGAGUUUGACAUCACAAAGGCUGACCCUGAUGAACAGGUGCUCAAGGUUAACCGCAUCAUCCCCCACCCCAAGUUCAACCCAAAGACGUUCAACAACGACAUAGCCCUGGUAGAGCUGACCUCUCCGGUGAUCUUGUCGGACCAUGUGACCCCCGUGUGUCUUCCUUCUGGCCUGGAGCCCCCGACGGGCAGCCCCUGUCUGGUGGCUGGCUGGGGCUCCCUCUAUGAAGAUGGGCCUUCUGCUGAUGUGGUGAUGGAGGCCAAGGUUCCUCUGCUCCCUCAGAGCACGUGUAAGAGCACCCUGGGCAAGGAGCUGGUCACCAACACCAUGCUGUGUGCCGGCUAUCUCUCUGGCGGCAUUGACUCAUGCCAGGGGGACUCAGGAGGCCCUCUCAUCUAUCAGGACCGGAUGUCUGGCCGCUUCCAGGUCCACGGCAUCACUUCCUGGGGGGAUGGCUGUGGAGAGAAGGGCAAGCCUGGGGUCUACACCCGUGUGUCUGCUUUCUCUGACUGGAUACAGGCAGAGAUACAGAAGUCCUUUGGGAGCCGCGAGCCAACUUGCCCGGAGCUGUUGAAGACAUCUGAGCUGUCGGAGGAGCAGCAGAGGUCAGAGUUCAUGUCGCUGUGUCGUUUCUACACCCACACCUGUCCCCCUGGCCAGGGUACCGCAGCCUGCAGUCGCAUCGCUGAGGACAAGUGUCACAACCGCUUCAAGAAAUGUCAGCUACGCUCCUUCCUGCAGACUCUGCUGGAUCUCCUCCAGAGGGCUGAGGACUACAUCAGGGACAAGGUGGACCUCACCUUCUUCACCCAGACUCUGCCCCAGCUGGUGGAGCACAUCUACAGCAGCGCGUUCCCCCACACGCACGCACACAUCCGGGAGAGACGUGACCUCGCGAGCCUAGCAGAACAGCUAGGGGGUGCUGUGUGGUCAGAUGAGCAGGAUCCUCCUCUUCCUGGGCUGUUUGGUGAGGUGGGCCCCCUGGUGGAUGACUGGGAGAACUACCUCAGAGGCCUGGCCGAGGAGCUGGACCAGCAGAGAGACUCCAAGCACCCAAGUCAGGAGGAGAGACUGUUUUUCCAGGCGGAGGAAUCGUCUGUGUCGGAGCUGGAGAGAGAGUAUCAGUCCAUCAUCUCAGCCCUGCGCUCCAAACUGGACUCCCGAGCUGCCCCCCCUCGGCUGGCCCUGGACGUAGACGACCCCCAGAGGGACCCCGCCCCUCCGGCAGGGGAGGCGCCCACCAGCGGCCCAAGGAGCCCCUCCCCCCAGGAGGCUCGGGAAUCCGAAUCUGUCCUGGCGGCUCUGCUGGAGGAACUGCGUAAGCUGGGGUCCCAGACUGAGAAUCCCCCCGUGCAGCAGAGAGGCCGGCGCCCGAGCCAGCAGGGCAUCUCCUCUGGUCUCACUCCUUUCGGCUCAGCGGAGGAGGGCAGGGUCAGGACGGGGCUGACCUCCCUGACAGCUCCUGAUCAAUCCGCCACCUCGCCCGAAGUGGCCUCCGAGGACAUUGCGACGACCUCCAUUCCCGUUUCCUUUCCUGUUCGUCCGUCCCUCAGGAAGCGCAGAAGUCUGCACAAGAGGCAGACACCAGGGACUGGCGGUAAAGCCUGUACUGGAGUAUCAGAGUCCACACAGCAUGUCAGUCGGGUCAGAGACUCGUACCGCUGGGUCCUGGGCAUCCCAACAAAGAACCUGCGCAUGAACUUCCAAGAGGUGCUGGUGGACCUGAGUUCCAAGAACGACCGGGGCCUGUACGAGGCUCGGGUCAGGGCUAUGGUGGGCGGACGACCUUUGACCUUCUACAGCUUGGUGGGGCUGGAGAACGAGUCGUUCUACCGCAGCAUGCCCCGCAUCAUCGCCCUGGCGCUUGACGCCCUCAAAACGUAACUCUGUCACGAUGGACAGACAAACUAGACAAGACAAGGGAGUCAUGUCUCUGGGACACUCAGCCCGUGACACUGGGCAGGCCAACCCUGGGAGCCAUGACAGACUCUGAGUCCUUCUGGGAAGAGAGAGCAGGUUGACAGGGGGGGGACAAGCAGAGGACCCAGAGACUCUGCUGAGGCACAAAGAGGAUCCGAGACACACGUCUCAAAACAACCAGGGCUGCAGUGGGAACUGCGGAUAGCUCGCCCACGCUGAAGGCUUCAUCGCAGUGCUGUAGCAAUGUUACACAGCCAUCAUUAUGAGCGUGUGCUAUAGUUUUUGCUGCAAACAACAAUAACACGAAUCAUCAUUUCACCCUCUAUGGGCGCCUGAGCUACCCUGUAGUUGAAUACACAACCCUGAAUGUAUGAAACUGACAUCCACCCAACUGCUUACAGACAUGGGUUGCCUUGCAAGGCUGGUGUGUAACUGAGUUAGGCACAACCCUUUUCUAACUUAUGUGUAUAAAAAGAUAAGUUAUUCACAAUGUCUGUAUCUACAAAGGUUGAGCCUCUUGUUAAGUGAGCAGACUGUACAUACUGUCCAUUGUCAUCUUCCUUUUGAGCAUAUUUAUUUGUAUAGAGAGACACUUUGUAUUUUUGUAAAAAAAAGAAGCAAUACAA